ACGUAGUCCAAAACUACUCCAUCUAUCCCACAACAAGAUUCCAACGACAACAAGCCAACUACACCAAGAUGACCACCAACCCCCUCGCCUACCGCACCGCCCAAGCCAUCGGCUUCACCGGCGCCGCCUGGCUAUCCGGAAACAUCGCCUCUCAAAGCCUCAUCACCAUUCCCGCCCUCCUAGCCAUUGACCCCGACCCCGACCCCGACCCUACCCCCACAGACCAUCCAAACCACAUGACAGCAACACUCACAACCCUCCAAAUCUGGAAAAGAAUCUACACCGCCAGCAGCACCCAGAACCCGCCGGUCGCCGCGGGCACCGCCGCCGCGUUCGUCUACCUCGCCUGGACGGUCGCGCGCGCCGUCGAGCCGCCGCUGCUGCUGCAGGUUCUGAGUAGCAGUAGUCGCAUCAGUGGCUAUGCCGGUCCGGGUUGGUGGUAUGCGGCGGCGGCGGUGUUGACGGUGGGGGUUGUGCCGUACACGGCGGUGGUGAUGCGCGGGACGAAUUGGCGGGAGCGGGAGCGGGAGAAGGGGGCGGAGGCGGAGGCGGAGGCGGAGAGCACCAGCGGGUUGCUGAAGCGGUGGGCGGUGCUGAACGCGGUGCGGAGUCUGUUGCCGCUUGUUGGCGGGUUGUGCGGGUUUGCGGCGGCGGUGAUUUGA